AUGUCAAGAGAGUUCUAUGUCGAAUCGUACCUGUCGACUAAGGAAUUAAAUAAUCAAUCAGUGUCGUUGGUGAUCCCCAGAUUAACUAGAGACAGAAUUCAUAAUGUCAUCUACUACAAAGCAAACUUACAUACUGUGGCAUUGAGAGGUGAUACAAUGAAGCAGCUAUGCAAAGUAAUCAUUAGGGAUUUAGGUACGUUGCAAAGCACUUCAAUCAACAGGAAAAACGUCUUGGGCGGUGUUGAGUUCAAAUGCAUUUUAAUGAAAUUGGUUGAAAUACGACCCACCUGGGAUCAAUUGGCGUUGCUUUUAAGAAAUCCUCAUCCCAGCUACAAUAACAAAUAUGUGAUAGCAUUAGUUCUCACCUACUUGAGAGUUCAGUACUUUUAUUUGAAGAAUGAUGAUAUUCUGGCUCAAAACAUCAAGGGCGCAUUUAAAGAGUACAUCUGUGACUAUAGAAAGAUGAAAAGUGUUUCACUCGAAAUGGAUUGCUGGUCAGCAUCACAAAACGUGACUGUUGAGAUUAUACAUAUGGAUGAGCUAGUCGAUUGGUUAACCACCAAAGAUGAAAUAUGGGGAAUUCCUCUGGGCAGGUGCCAAUGGUGCUCAUCAUUAGAUCUGGAUGUGGAUAGCAGUGACAGUGACGAAGAGUCCAGUGAUAGUGAUUAA